CGCUGAGGUUUAAAGGCGGGUACUAUGAUGCUAUAAAUUCUAUCGUGGUCGUUGCGAUGCGGCAGUCAACCAACGUCAGCGAAGACAGAGGUGUUCCGUUUCGCGGAAGGAAGUCAAACUCAACCCAGUGACUCAUGGCUCGUACCAAGCAGACCGCUCGUAAAUCCACCGGUGGAAAGGCUCCCAGGAAGCAGCUGGCCACAAAGGCCGCCAGGAAGAGCGCGCCAUCCACCGGUGGAGUCAAAAAGCCCCACAGAUAUAGGCCUGGUACUGUUGCCCUGCGUGAGAUCCGUCGGUACCAGAAGUCCACCGAGCUGCUCAUCAGGAAGCUUCCUUUCCAGCGUCUGGUCAGGGAGAUUGCACAGGAUUUCAAGACCGACUUGCGAUUCCAGAGCGCGGCCAUUGGAGCCCUGCAGGAGGCCAGCGAGGCUUACUUGGUCGGUCUGUUUGAAGACACCAACCUGUGCGCCAUCCACGCUAAGAGGGUGACUAUCAUGCCCAAGGACAUCCAACUGGCCAGGCGAAUCAGGGGGGAGCGUGCCUAAUAUAUUUUUUAAAUCGUUGGGGGAGGGGCACUGGUUUUGUAAAUUAUGAACUGUUAUCGGUGUCAUUUUUUUUUAACUUUCUGUCAUUCACAACAGUAGUGCUUCAUACUCAUGAGAUGCUUUGGAAUCCUACUCUGUAAACUCAUUUCUCCUUUUUUUUCUCUUCUUGGUAAUCCUGUGUGUGCAUGCCAUAGGGUUUUCUUCCUGUAAAUAAACUUUCCACUACCUCAA